CAAAUGUUUAAUUGGUCACUAGUUAUCCAGACGGACACAGAGCACAUCUCAACUUUUCACUCUGACCUUCUAAGUUGUAUACAUAUCUUGUUUGCUUGCUUUGAUAUUUCUCAGAAAAUCGUUGUGUUGGGCCAAUAAAAUACUAUUAUACAUACUGUAUAGGCAAUUUGCGUUAAUAUCGUGGUGUUUUUUUCAACAAAAAAACGUUGUUUUUAGCCUGAUAUCCGUUCCAAAUAACUAUGAUAUUAAAAGUUCUUGUAUUUGCUGUAAUUAUGGUCCACGGAACUGAUGCAACUUGCUGUUGUUCUGGUGGUGCCUCGAUUUUUCCGAGAAUCGAAUUAACUCCUGAGCAACAGCAGACACUGUUAAAUUUAGCUGACUAUUUGGAGUUGCUACCUUGUGAAGAACGAACGGAAAAGAUAUACAACAUGACUGAGUCCCCGAUAGAGUUGACGGACGCACAGCUAAUUGGUAUAGCACAACGCUAUAGUGGAAGUUUCCAAGACCCUUCGGACCCAGUAGAUUGCGAGGAUGAACGGUUUUUCGAAUCAUCAGUCCCUAUGCUUCCACAAAGAAAACGUCGAGCGGUCGGUACUAGUGUUUGUCCCGCAGUCGAGGAAGUAAACCAAAAACUCUUUUUAGCCUACAGCAAAAGUGGUGGACUCGUAUACGUAGCACAGCCCUCCGUCAACAAUGGAUUCCAACAGUCCCAAUAUGUUUACGAGACGAUUUGUUCAACUGAAGUAUGCGACAGCCCUUCGUGUGCAUGUUCUACUGUCCUCAUUCCAUCAGGAAAAUCAGUCGUAAAUGUGAUCAGAGGUGGUGUAGCUACCUUCACAGAAGAAAUAGUGAUGACGCGUGCAUGUCGUGCGUUUAGUCCAUAAAAAAGGACGCUAAAUCAAGAUUGCAUUCAGUGUGAAGAAUAUUUUUUAUAUAUGUAUAUAAUAUUAGGUUUAGGUGUGAUAUAAUCCAGCCUAAAAUCGAUUAUUUAUCUAAUUUUUAUUUGUGUUUUGCAAACAUAAUAUAAAUUAUUUUUACUAUGAUUUUCUAACUGCGACCUAAGUUAGUUCCAAGCUUAAACAUACCUCCACUAUAUGUGAGCACAAAAUUAAUUUGUAUGAGAAUGUGUCUAGUGCUAGAUCUCCGCCAUUCAUAUAGCUCUACGUAAUCUACUAAUAUGACACUUGAAGAAAGAGGUUGCAGAUUCCAUUUCCAUUCCCGCUAGAAAUUAUUUUUAUAUACCGUAACUGAUGCUUGGUACGGCUAUAACAAUAAUAGUAAGAGUUGACGUCAAAAU